AUGGCGAUUAAUGUCUACCUUGCGUUUUAUUAUCGCUUUGACGCGCAGCGGUUGAGGAAGAUGGAGUUGCUGUAUUUACUACUCUGCUACGGUAUUCCAUUCUUGCCGGCGUUUGUCUUUAUCUUCGUCAAGAACGGUGACGGCGUGAGAGUUUAUGGUAGCGCAGUUCAAUGGUGCUGGAUCACUUCAUCGUGGGACACGCUACGCAUCGCAACAUUCUACGGCCCGAUAUGGGUCAUAAUCGCCAUCACCCUCGCAAUCUACAUCCGAUCCGGUGGCACCAUCUACCGAAAACGCCAGCAACUCCUAAAAGCACAGGGCUCCGGCUCCGGCGGUCUAUCCUACGCCCACCAAAGCACCGUCAACAAUAAUAACAUGAAGACCACCGAAGUGACCAUCACCUCCGAGGCGACCCAACCCGAUGCGAUACAAUUACAAAACAUGGGUCAUCAAGUUAGCAUACAUGCUAUUGAUGAACAGCCCCCUCAACCGAUUGCUCGUGUAACCAGCACAAUGCCCCAACCAGUCCAGCGCCCGGCGAUCCGACCCAGCAACGAUGUAUACCGUGCGGCUUGGGCGUAUACAAAAUGCUAA